CACCAGCGUUCAUUGGGUUCAGUGUGUUUAUAAAUUCCUUUGGAAAUCGUCUGAAUAUCAGGAAUAUCAUGAUUAGUCUUGAAUUGAAACAUGUUCGAACAAGCUGUAUAGUGCAAUAGUAGAAUAGUCAAAAAACUGUGAUGGUUUCUUUGUUGAAAGUUUCGUUAAAAAUCAUUGGAUAAAAAACGUUAAAAUGAAUCAUAUGUUGAAUCACUUCAAGAUUGAGGUACCUGAACCGCCUCUGGCGGAGUCGGGCUCUUACUGCCAAUUCUGCUAUUCAGCAGAAAACUUGACACCAAUUUUACCCGCAUCGAAUGAUUCUCAAAGGCACAUUGUCGCUUUGCUGGAUACGCUGAUAAACGUAAAGCUAAACAUGGAGAAACCGUCAGCAAUUUGCAAACUUUGCAUUACUAAAAUUAGUGAAUUUGAUUACUUUCGAAGCAAAUGCUCUAUUUACAGCAACGCAAUCGAGCAGUCACAUUACAACGAGUACCAAAACGCACCUUCAGAAUAUAUUAAGUCAGAAUCAGUCUUGGAAACAUUCGAACGGUCAAAUGUUAUUGAACAAAAGGAGCCGAACAACGAUGUCGUUGACAUUCCAAAGAAAGAUUCAGUGCGGGUUUCAAAUACCAAACCAUCAUCGAAUAAUAAACCGCAAUUUAUCAAAACUGGACGAACUGGACCCCUCAUGCGGAAGUUGAAUAAGCUCAGAGGAAUAAAAAGCAAUACAUCGAAGAAAAUUGUGUCUGAGCAUAUAGAUUACCGCUGUAGAAUAUGUUUGCAGUUUUUCAUAGACAAGGAAAGUAUGAGCUUCCAUCUGAGAAACCACAUUGACUCACAUAAUGUUCGUUGUAUGAAUUGCUCCAAAACAUUCUACACACUCCAGGGACUAAUGGCUCAUGCGAUGCGCAGCUAUAUAUUAACAACGUUCUCGUGUCAGCAUUGUGAUGUUCUUUUCAAAACCAAAGAAGAGCUUUUCGCUCAUGAGCUCUACUGCGAGCAGGAUAAAAGCAAGUACCAAACCGUUGAAACUGCGAAAGCAUAUCAAUGCAGCAAAUGUCCAAAAAGCUAUGAUAGUCGCCUUCGUCUGCAGGCGCAUUUGCCGUUACAUGAUGUAAAAAUAGUUUGCGACAAGUGUGGCACAGAUUUCAGUUCUGAGAAAAAGUUGAAAAACCACAACGAACGCUAUCAUUCAAAGGGAGCUGAUAAGAUUGCUUCCGUUGUGAAAUGUGAAUUGUGCCACCGAACAUUUGUAGACGCCAGUGCCUAUAGAAGCCAUCUUACGGGAUUGCAUCAAAUAAAGGACGAUCAUUUGUCACGUAAACUUGACGACGACAGGCUUUAUGAAUGUGAUCACUGUGGCAAGCGUUUUUGGUCGAUCAACACCAUUCGGUAUCAUGUUUUAGUCCAUCGACACUAUCGCGAUUGUGAUCAGUGUUCGGAGAGCUACCGAUCGCGUCAAAAACUUCGAGACCACAAGCUAGCUGCUCAUCCUGUCCAGUGUCCCUUUUGCCCCAAGACGUUCUUUUCCAAAACGUCCUGCAGAUCACAUGCCAGCAAGAAACAUGGAAUGGUGCAGAUAAAGCUGCUGGCAACAGAUGGAAAUGUGACGUACGAAUGGCGCCGACUGGUCUUCAAAUGUGCAUCUUGCGAACAGGAUUACGAGUAUUUUCGGGAGCUAUCGGAUCACAACAAGAAAAUGCACCCGGGAGUCAAAAUACAAAUCAAAUGUUGUUUCUGUGAGCGACAUAUCAGUUCUUCAAGAAUCGGCUACCUAGGUCACGUGACUGGUAACUGUGGACAAACACCAAAAAAAGUGAAAGCUUGGCAUUGAUUGAGUAAUUGAGAAUGUAAUUUUGACCCUUUUGACCAUACAAAUGUUAUAUAAUAAAAAGAAAAUCUCGAAGAAAAUAUACAUACCUA